CACACGUUUUAUCCGUCAGAUCGCUGUGUUUGUCAUGACAGCGUUCUGUAUUAAUCAGCCUCCAUGUUUUUUACAUUCCAGUAGAGGAAGGUUAAUUUUUCAUACGCUGUCAGAUGGUUUAGUACAGAGGUGAAUAAAUCGUCUUUGCUGACGCGCCAGAAACCAGAUUCAAGCCACACGAGCUGAUCUGAGCACAAAUCAGCUCUUUUUGGGAGAUAUUUGCACUGAAUGCACAGCCACCUCCACACACAAUCACCACUGCAUGAGCUAUUAAAAUUACACCGUCUCAUAUCCGGUGACCACAGAAGGGUUUAGUAGUAGAUCACACACACACACACACACACACACACACACACACACAGAGUCUCAUGGCGAUGCAUCGGGCCAUGUGGUUCCCGCCGCGUGCCGUGAGCUGAGUCGCACCGCUCGUCGCCGUAGCAGGACCCCGGGGCUGUCACCCUGUCGGAGCCGCAGCAGCAGCCGGCGGCGGCGGGGCGGGAAGCCAUGGCCUCGUCUGUGCGCUUCACCGUCACGCCGACCAAAGCCGAGGACCUGCCGGACACGUCUCCAGACGUCAGCUCGCGCUCCAGCGGCAGGGUCCGCUUCGGCUCCAGGGAGAGCGUGAUCCGCAGCGAGGCGUCCGGAGGGGUCACGACCUCGGCGGGGGCCGACACGCCAGACCGCAGUCACCUCGAGCACGGUGAUGGCGGUGUGAAGCUGUCCAGCGUUUACAUCAAUAACUCUCACGCCAUUGAUGACGAUGAUUUCUACGACAGGAAUCUGGCUCUGUUUGAGGAGGAGAUGGACACUCGUCCCAAAGUGUCGUCUCUGCUCAAUCGUCUGGCGAACUACACAAACCUCAUGCAGGGAGCUAAAGAGCACGAGGAGGCCGAGAGCAUUGGCGAGAAGCGCAAGUGCAGCAAGUCUCCUCAGAUGGGCACCUUCAUGGGCGUGUAUCUGCCGUGCCUGCAGAACAUCUUCGGCGUGAUUCUCUUCCUCAGACUGACGUGGGUCGUCGGUACGGCCGGAGUCCUGCAGGCGCUGUGUAUCGUCUUCAUCUGCUGCUGCUGCACGCUGCUGACUGCGAUAUCAAUGAGUGCCAUCGCUACUAAUGGAGUCGUGCCAGCGGGCGGCUCGUACUUCAUGAUCUCCCGUUCGCUGGGGCCCGAGUUCGGCGGGGCCGUGGGCUCCUGCUUCUAUCUGGGCACGACCUUCGCCGGCUCCAUGUACAUCCUCGGGGCCGUCGAGAUCCUGCUGAUGUAUAUCGCUCCAAGUUCUGCCAUCUUCGUCUCGGAGAGUCCUGACGGCGAGGCGGCGGCCAUGCUGAACAACAUGCGCGUCUACGGCUCCAUCUUCCUAGUGCUGAUGUCGCUGCUGGUGUUCGUGGGAGUCAAAUACGUCAACAAGCUGGCGUCUGUGUUUCUGGCCUGUGUGAUCGUGUCCAUCCUCUCUAUCUACACCGGAGCGCUGGUGUCCGUCUUCAGCCCGCCGUCCUUCCCCGUGUGCAUGCUGGGAAACAGGAGUCUCGCUCAGCACGAGCUGAAGGACGGUCACUGCGUGAAGACGCUGCUGCCGCCGCAGGAGGCCGCUAACACCAGUGAGAGCUUCAACGGCACAGACGCUCCUCCCGUCAGCGCCGCCGCCGCGCAGGAGAAAACCACGCACCUGUGGCGGCUCUUCUGCAACGGCUCGGAGCUCAGCGCCGUGUGCGACGAGUACUUCCUGCACCACAACGUCUCGCAGAUCCAGGGCAUCCCGGGACUCACCAGCGGCGUGAUCGCAGACAACAUCUGGAGCUCGUACUCUGCUAAAGGAGACGUCCUGGAGCGCGGCUCGCAUCACUCCGCCCACAGAGCCGCCGUGUCCAAUCACUUUCCUUACGUGUUCGCUGACAUCACCACCUCCUUCACGCUGCUGAUCGGGAUCUUCUUCCCCUCCGUCACCGAUUUAAUAAUAAUAUUCAGCCCCUUUAUUAAUUGUCAGCUUCUUUGCCCUAAAAUAUUUACUUUAUAUUAUUUCGAAUAUAAGAAGACGCUCAAAUCGAGUUCAGUUCAUUUUCACAGUCGGAUGUUUCCUGAACCUGCGUCUCUCUCAGAUCUGAGCUGUGUGCUGCUGUUUGGAUCCUGUGUGGAGGGCGUGGUUCUGCGAGACAAGUUCGGAGACUCGGUGAAGGGGAAUCUGGUGGUCGGGACGCUCUCAUGGCCCUCCCCCUGGGUGAUCGUGAUUGGCUCGUUUUUCUCCACGUGUGGCGCCGGCCUCCAAUCGCUGACCGGAGCUCCUCGCCUGCUGCAGGCCAUCGCUAAAGACAACAUCAUCCCCUUCCUGAGGGUGUUCGGUCACGGUAAGGCCAAUGGAGAGCCGACGUGGGCUCUGCUACUGACGGCGGUUCUGGCAGAGCUGGGGAUCCUCAUCGCUUCACUGGACCUCGUCGCUCCCAUUCUCUCCAUGUUCUUCCUGAUGUGUUACCUGUUUGUGAAUCUGGCCUGUGCUCUGCAGACGCUGCUCAGGACGCCCAACUGGAGACCACGCUUCUCCUACUACCACUGGACGCUGUCGUUUCUCGGCAUGAUGAUCUGUUUGGCUCUCAUGUUCAUUUCCUCGUGGUACUAUGCCAUCGUCGCCAUGGUGAUCGCUGGCAUGAUCUACAAGUACAUCGAGUACCACGGGGCGGAGAAGGAGUGGGGUGAUGGGAUCAGAGGUCUGUCUCUCAGCGCGGCUCGGUUCGCUCUGCUCCGGCUGGAGGAAGGUCCACCGCACACCAAGAACUGGAGGCCUCAGCUGCUGGUGUUACUGAAGCUGGAUGAAGACGCUCAUGUCAAAUCUCCGCGUCUGCUGACGUUCGCCUCUCAGCUCAAAGCGGGGAAGGGUUUGACCAUCGUGGGAACCGUCAUCCCGGGAAACUUCUUGCAGACCUACGGCGAGGCUCUGGCGGCUGAGCAGACGCUCAAGCAUCUGAUGGAGAAGGAGCGCGUGAAGGGCUUCGUCCAGUGCAUCGUGACGCAGAAGCCGCGCGAGGGCAUCAGUCACAUGAUCCAGUCCAGCGGUUUGGGCGGCAUGCGGCACAACACUGUGGUCAUGGGCUGGCCGGACGCCUGGAGACAGAGCGAAGACCCGCAGAGCUGGAAGACCUUCAUCAACACGGUCCGCGUCACCACCACGGCUCAUCUGGCUCUGCUGGUGCCCAAGAACAUCUCUCUGUUCCCCAGCAACAGCGAGCCGUGUGCAGACGGCUUCAUCGACGUGUGGUGGAUCGUGCACGACGGCGGGAUGCUGAUGCUGCUGCCCUUCCUGCUGCGCCAGCACAAGGUGUGGCGGAAGUGCUCCAUGCGGAUCUUCACCGUGGCUCAGAUGGAAGACAACUCCAUCCAGAUGAAGAAGGAUCUGGCCACGUUCCUCUAUCACCUGCGCAUCGAUGCCUACGUGGAGGUCGUGGAGAUGCAUGACAGUGACAUCAGCGCGUACACGUACGAGCGCACCCUGAUGAUGGAGCAGAGGUCACAGAUGCUGCGGCAGAUGCGCCUCUCGAAGUCCGACCGCGAGAAAGAGGCGCAGCUGGUCAAAGACAGGAACUCAAUGCUGCGUCUGACCAGCAUCGGCUCGGACGAGGACGACGACACGGACGCUCCCGGCGCAGGAGACCGCAGCGCAGAGUACCGGCGAGUCCACAUGACCUGGACCAAAGACAAGGCCCUGCAGCUGCGGAGCAACACACAAACACACACAGCCUCGUGCUGCAGCACUCCGGAGGGCUUCAGAGACAUGCUCAACAUCCGGCCAGAUCAGUCCAACGUGCGGCGGAUGCACACCGCUGUUAAACUCAACGAGGUGAUCGUCAACAAAUCCCAUGAUGCCCGGCUGGUGCUGCUCAACAUGCCCGGGCCGCCCAAGAACACGGAAGGAGACGAGAACUAUAUGGAGUUCCUGGAGGUGCUGACCGAGGGUCUGGAGCGCGUCCUGCUGGUGCGAGGAGGAGGAAGUGAGGUCAUCACCAUCUACUCCUGAUAGCAGCGUCAGAGAGCGUUCGAAAGGGAAGCGCGGCCGGCUGAAGAUGUUUAGUUUGUGUGUAUGAUCAUCAUCGCCCGCGUCUCGUCUGCUCUCUGAGCUUUGAGUUUAGUUUGCGCUUCGACCAACAGCAGCUCUGCCGAUGUUUGUGCACGUGUGUGUGUGUGUGAGAGGUGUGUGUGUGUGUGUGUGUGUGUGCGUGUCUGUGUGUCUGUGUGUGAAGAAAGCGUCGAGAGUCGUUCUGUUGAAGCUUGAACAGCAAGUGAAAGAAUAUUUCAGCUAAAAAUGAGCAUCUUAUCAGCAGUUCCUCACCCUCCUGUCGUUUCUACAGACGCCCGUUUCCUCCACAGGAAAUAAGGUAUAUGCACUUUUUAAUGUCAUAAUUUGAACUUUUUCCUCAAUUCUGAGUUUAUGUCUCACAAUUCUGGCGCAG